UUCGGAUGUUGCGCCCUCUAGCCUCUUUCUUAGUUUACUGUCGUUGAACACGUUUCUUUUCGGGACGAAUUUUUACUAAAAAGUAAACAUGGGUCGUGUACGUACAAAAACCGUAAAGAAGGCUUCCAAAGUCAUUAUUGAAAAAUACUACACACGUUUGACGUUGGAUUUCCACACCAACAAACGUAUUUGCGAAGAAAUUGCAAUCAUUCCGACCAAACCUCUUCGCAACAAGAUUGCCGGUUUCGUUACACAUUUGAUGAAGAGACUUCGUCACUCUCAGGUUCGUGGUAUUUCCAUCAAAUUGCAAGAAGAAGAACGUGAACGUCGUGAUAACUACGUACCAGAAGUGUCCGCUUUGGAGCAUGACAUCAUCGAAGUGGACCCAGAAACCAAGGAAAUGUUGAAAAUGCUGGAAUUCAACAACAUUUCCAACUUGCAAUUGACGCAACCCACAACAAACACAUUCACUAGACGUACAUAAUUUUAUAUGUUAUAAAUAAUGUAAGGAAAUAAACCACGCAUUGGU